UCGGCUAUCGAAUGCCCGGUCAUGGAACGUCGAUGUUUCGAGCUUCCGGAUCCUGACUGGAUGCAUGAUCUGUCGCAUUGCCCGUUAUCUGAUAGAGAUAAGGAGCUACUGGAGAAGUUCUGGACGGAGCUGGAGAACGACGGAAUGGAACACUGCGCUCGCUGUCAGGAGACAUGGUUUGAUAUGGGCUUGAAAGAUGGCAUUUGCAAGCGUUGCAUUGCCAAGGACAAGAACAAAAAGGAGGACGAGCCUUGGUUUUUUUCAGCCGAAAAUCAGUUAGAUUUUGGCUUAAUCCCCGCGUUCCUCCCCCAAUUGACGAUAGUAGAAGAGAUGCUAAUUGCUCGUGUUCAUGUGUUCGUGAACGUCAUGCAGGUUCGAGGG